UCAUGUGCACUAAGGCUCCGUUUGGUAGGGCGUAAAAGGUUUUCACUGAAAACAGUUUUCCCCAUUUUCCAUUGUUUGGUAUGGGCUGGAAAAUUGGGCUGUAAAAUAAGGCUGUAAAACAGUUUUACAUCAUAAUGAAAACAUUUUCCCCCAAAAUUGGGAGAAAAACGUUUUACAUUCUCUCGACAAACAUAUGACUUUCUUCUCAUCUAUACUCACUGCUCACCUCUCCCUCUCAUCUAUAGUCACUGCUCACCUCUCCCUCUCAUCUACACUUUCUCUCUCAUCAAACUGGUAAAUUUCACGCCAUUUUGAAGCAGAUUCUCUCAAUACGGUUUUGUUUUGUCGAAUUUGUUAGGAAACUAUAAUGGAGUCAAACGAUGUUCAAAAGUCUCAGGUAAAGGAAGAGAAGAAAGCUAAUUUUCGUUGGACAAAACCAAUGUCUAAGGAGUUAUUGGAAUUUCUUGCUGAAGAAGUGAGGAAAGGAAAGCGGCCAAAUAACACUUUCAGGACCAGCUCCUUUAUAGCUGCUGCAAAGAUGAUUUCUGAAAAGUUUCACACCACAUGUACGGCUGACCAUGUUGAGAAUCAUAUGAGGACAGUGAGAAGUAGUUGGGGAAUUAUUUCUCAAGUGCGGGGAAGAUCCGGAUUUGGUUGGAAUGACAAUGUAAAGAUGGUAACUGCAUCUCCAACUACAUAUGAUGCUUAUAUUCAGCAAUAUCCAUCUCAUGAGAAAUAUUUGAACAAAAAAAUUGAGAUGUAUGAGGAGAUAUCAAUAGUAGCGGGCAAGGACAUUGCAAGGGGUAAUUUUUGCAAGACGUUUGGUGACAUUCAGACCUCAAGUGGACAGCCAAGUACUGUUGAAACCGAGCCUACCAAGUCAGAUAGUGCAACUUCUUCCGAGCCUAGGUCUCAUAGGAAGAGGUCUCGGGUCGAAGAGGAAGAGGGUGACUUGCAACAUAUUUCUGCUCAACUCGGAGAAGUUGUCACUGCUCUCAAAAAAUUUUCCCAAAACCAACUUGAUGUGCAGAAACUUUAUGAAGAGAUCAUGAAAAUGGAUGAUGUCGAAGAAGCCGUUCGUGUUGCUGCUUUUGAUCACUUAGUUGAGCGUGAAAUGCUUGCUAAGGCUUUCUUGACAAAGAGUGAACCUCUUCGCAAGCUGUGGCUCCGAAAUUUUGUCAAGUCUCUACUCUGAGUUUUUUUUAUUCUACCAACUUUCUGAUGAGAAUUAUAUACAUAGUAUGUGUUUUAGGGUUUUUUUUUAAUGAACUAUUGUUAUGCCUAAUAGUUUUAUAUUAUCGUGUUAUGGAUUGUUCAAAUUUUGGACACAUUAAAAAAAUAAGUGUUUGGUUUUUCUAA